AUGUACACAAGCAUCGUUUUGGUGUGCAUAGCGCUGGCGUGCGCCUACGCAUGGAUGUUGAUGAAAAGCAGACGGGCGCGGUCGCUUCUGCGGCAUCUACCCACGUUCUCAAAAUUACCAUUUUUCGGAAAUCUUCACAACUUGCACGGCGGUGGAGAAAACUUAUAUCGAAUAAUUGUCGAAAUGGGUCGCAUAUCUGAUGAGAAGGACCAACCGUUUCUGCUGUGGAUGGGGCACCAUCCUGUAGUAGUAUGCAUUCAUCCCGAUGAUAUCCGUGCAGUGUCGAACACGUUCAUAGAAAAACAUAAUUUCUACAGCUUCGGUAGAAUCUGGCUUGGAAAUGGUCUUGUCACUGCUCCAAUGGAUAUUUGGAAACGUAACAUAAAGAAGUUGGGCGGGACAUUCACGGCCGGCACCGUGGGGCGGUUCCAGGGCGUGUUCAAUGCGCGGGCGCAGCAGUUGACCGCCAUCUUGCGCGGGAAGGUUGGCUCCCAGCUCUUCGAUAUCUACGAUGAUAUAUCAUACGUCACACUUGAGGCUGUCUGCCAGACGGCGUUCGGCAUAUCCGGUAUAACGCAGAGCAUCGUCAGCGAGGAGUACCAUCAGGCCUUCCACCAGGCGGUCCAGUUGCUGGUGGACCGAGGAUUGAACCCCUUACUGUACCCGGAGACGGUGUACAAGCUCUCGCCGGCACGGAGGCAGAUGGAGAAGUGCGUCACCGUUCUGCAUAACGUCUCCGAGACUAUUAUACAUAAAAGAAAAGCAGAAAUGAAAGAAAUCAUUAAACAGAAGCAUAUGGAAGAAAAAGAAAAUGAGUCAUCAGGCGUGAAAUUCAAGUCGUACUUGGACUUGCUACUGGAGAUGAGCAUUAACGACCCGAACUUCACGACGGAGCAGAUCCAGGCCGAAGUAGACACCAUCAUUGUGGGAGGGCAGGAGACCAUCGCGCGGAGCAUGUUUUUCAUCUUAAUCCUAAUCGGCAGUAGCAAACAAGUGCAAGAUAAACUGUAUGCCGAAUUCCAGGAAAUCUUCGGCGACAGCCUUCGUCCGGUGGAGACGGAAGACCUGGCUCGCAUGCCGUACUGCGAGGCCAUCAUUCUGGAGGCGCUGCGGUUGUACCCGCCCUUCCCAAUUAUCGUUAGAUACGCUGAUAGGGACUUACAGCUCAGGUCAUGCUUGGUCCCCGCGGGCGCCGGCUGCGCGGUCAACAUCUACGGCGCGGGGCGAUCCGCACGCAUCUGGGGCCCCGACGCACAUCACUUCCGGCCCGAACGGUGGCUGCGGACCACCAGCCCCGACUCCCCCGCGCCCGACACCCGCGCCUUCUACGCCUUCAGCACCGGCAGACGGCCUUGCAUAGGUAAACAAUACGCGAUGGCAUUUUCAAAAACUAUACUAGCUUUCUGUGUAAGAGAGUUCUAUUUUACAUCAGAGGUAGACAAGUUAAGGGUAAAGAUGGAUCUCGGCUUGAAACCUUCUUCAGGUCAUCUACUACAAGUUUAUCCAAGGAAAACAUCAGGUCCAGUGGCUAAUCAGCACUUAUAG